CGACUUGUCAUCUCACCGUCCGUUCGUGGCCCCAAGUCUUCUUAACUUUUGAGUCCACCCCUCCGUAGUCCACCUGAAGAAAUUAGGCCAAUCGUGCUUUGAGAACUUGACAUUUCUCGAAAAAUCAUGAUCUGGGUGACUCUUUCCAAGUCAGUCUUGUUCUCCUCUCCGCUUUGUUUUCCGUCUUCUGUGGUUUAGAACUUGUGGGUGUUCUUGUUAGUGUUGUUUCUUCAUCUUGUAUUGUGCUUUCGGACCUCUGGGUGUAUUUUGUUUGUCUGAGAAUUGGGAAGUUGGAGAUGACGGGUUCAGGAAUGAAUUUGAUUACCGCUGUUAUUGGGUUUGGGAUGAGUGCAACAUUUAUUAUAUUUGUCUGCACAAGAAUAAUCUGUGGGAGGCUCCGCAGGGCGGAAUCACGGCCCAUGUUCGAGAUUGAAUCAGGGAUUGAUCUUGAGCAGCCAGAGCCUGGGGUUAGAGGCCUUGAACCAGUUCUGGUUGCUGCGAUCCCUACCAUGAAAUUCAGCCAUGAAGCUUUCAGUUCUAUGGAAGAUCCACAGUGCUCAAUAUGUUUGGCAGAGUACCAAGAGAAAGAAGUACUACGAAUAAUGCCCAAAUGCGGCCACAAUUUUCAUCUCUGUUGCAUUGAUGUGUGGCUCAGAAGACAGUCUACUUGCCCUGUCUGUCGUCUACCAUUACAAGACUCUUUUGGAACAAAACAUGAAAGACCACCUGUGUUUAGUAUCACUCAAUCUUUUGAUGAUUCUGAGGUCUCAAUGGAACAUUCCCAUCUGUGGCUGCUUCCUGGCCUUGAGCGUGCAAUAGAGAAUGUAAGUAUCCAAGGGCAUGUUGAGCCUGUUCUUGUGAACACCCCAGAGCCAACACUUUCUGGAGAAGCAGAAAGAAGACAAUGAUGAAAGCAACUCAAAUUUAUUUUGCUCCAGAUUGUAAUACAUAUCUCUGUAGAGUGGGUGAAAAGCUUUUAGGUUUUGAGGCAUUUUAUGAUUGGAGAUUUUUUAUUCCUAUAUGUACAGAAAUUUCCUAUCCUCUGUUGCAUGACUUAGACUCAAUAACUUGGAAUUGUUGUGAAAA